AUGGACCAGCCUCUAUUGCCCAAGAGCUACGGCACCUUGCCACGGUAUCCGACUCAUGAUAAUGCCAUCUUCCCUCCUUCUCUGCGCGGAAAACGCAUCCUCCUUUGCACAGAGUCCUUCGGGCCCGUCAACGGCGUCAGCCGGACGACCCUGAUGCUUGUUGAGCACCUCCGCUCCCACGGCGCGCUCGUCGCCGUCGUUGCCCCUCACAAUCAUACCCAGCACAAUACCUUCGCCCCCUCUGCAGCCGACGAUAGCCAAGUCGAGGUACGCCUGCAGGGCUACCCUCUGCCCUUCAACCCCGAGCUCUCAGUCGUCUACCCUGUGCGCGUAUCGGCCCUCUUCGCGCGGACGUUUGGCUGCGACACCCCGCCCGACCUCAUCUACCUCGCCUCGCCGGCGUCCCUGGGCUUCCAGGUCAUGCUCCAGCUGCAGCAACAGCCGAGGCAGAAGCGGGUGCCGGUGAUCUGCAACUUCCAGACCGACCUCGCCGGCUACUGCGCCAUCCUGUUCCCGCACCCCUUCAGUACCAUGGCCGUCUUCGCCUUCGCCAUGGUCCAGAGCUUUCUGUUCCGGCACAGUUCCGUGAAGACGGUCUUCUACCCAUCGCGCUUCGUGCGCAAGUACCUCGAGGCCCAGAGCGUGCAAAGCUCGAAGCUCGAGGUCCUGCGGCGCGGCGUCGAGACGGACAUGUUCCGCCCGGAUAUGCGCAGCGAUGCCCUGAGGAAGGAGAUUGCCCCGGACGGGGACAUCAUCCUGGUGUGUGUGUCGAGGAUAGCGGGCGAGAAGGGGUUCGACUUCCUGGCCAAAGCCGCCAAGGAGCUGGACGCGAGGGGCCUCCGCUUCAAAAUUUACGUCGUGGGUGGAAACAGGAACGCUGACGUCGAGCGGGAGGUGCAUGAGAUGUUUGACCCCCUGAGGGAGCAGGGCAAAGUCAUAUUCGCCGGGUUCAAGACCGGGGAGGACCUCGCAACGGCCUAUGCGUCCGGUGACAUCUUCCUUCACUGCUCCGUCACCGAGACGUUCGGGCUCGUCGUCCUCGAGUCUAUGGCGAGCGGAGUGCCGGUGGUGGCCCGCGACGAGGGCGGGCCAAGCGACAUCAUCGACGACGGACGCUGCGGGUACCUUAUCCCGCCCGACGACCUCGACGGCUUCGUCGAAAAGGUCAUGUACCUAUCCAAAGACCGAGACUGCCGGUCAAAGAUGGCCGCCGAGGCCCGAAGGAUGGCCUGCGAGGCUACCUGGGAAAAGAUCAACAACCAGGUCGCGUGGAGGAUGGCCGAUACCAUCGAGGAGAGGGAACGGGAGAAGGCGCAGAUUGUUCACCAGAGGUCGUUCAUCGCGAUGCCGGCCAGCCAACUAGUCCCUGUAUACAACUGGUUGCUCAUGAGCAACGCCAUACGUGACGUCGUCGUGGGCAGGAUCGUGGAAGCCAAGCUGGUUGGCGGGUUCGGGGUCGUCAUGACCUUCUGGUUCUUCACCGGGCUAUACCUGGCGUUUACCGAGGCAGCACUCUGGUUCAAGGAGAAGCUAUCACGACUCUGGAGCAAACGAGUUGUGGUAUGA